AUGGGUAAGGAGAAGAUCCAUCAGUCGAGUCGGGACGCGGAGAAGAGAGAUGAAAGUGGUAAGGAAAACAGAGAUAGGAGAAGACGGGAUAGACAUGGGGACGAGGGAAGAGAUAAAGAGGAGAGAAAAGCGGUCAAUUCGGAACCACGAAGAAAAUUUAGAGGGAUAUCUCAAUCUGUUGAGAUUGGACGUGAUCAACCCUAUUCUGGCGUUGAAAAUAGUGGCGGCAGAUCAUCUGCCCCCAUUCCCAACCGCCACGACAAAGAUUCCGCCAAAAGGGGUGAGAGACCACUUACCACUACUAUCGACAACUCAUCAAUACCAAUUAGAGGAAGAGAUCACAGCAGCAAUCGAGACGCGAGCGGAAGUGAUAGAAAAUCUAACACCUAUCCACCCCAUCCCAGCUGCCAAAGGGAUCCCAGUGAAAGACGUGGGAGAGAUUCCAAUACCACCAUAUGCAAAGACACACCAACCCAGAGUAAAGGCGAAAACGUAACGGUGCCUCUUCCCAGCCGCAGCAAUCGAUCUCACGAUCCAAGACCAGGCAGAAGAGACCCCUCCAUCAAUCGCGAAACAGAAAACCUAAAACUUGGUGAUUCGAGAGGAUCAAAAGCCGCGGCUACAGAAGAUCGUGAGAAGAGAAGCGUUGAUGUACCGGCUUCCAGGUCACCUUUAAGUUUUCCGCGUAACAGGGUGAAAGUUGGUGUACUUCCGAAAUGUUAUCUACCUCGGAAAGAAGAGGACACUCGGCGAUUAAUCGUUUUUGGGGAUGUACAUGGAAUGCCCGAUGCCAAGGAACGUCUCUUGAAGCAUAUUGAAUAUAAGCCAGCGACGGACCAUCAGAUAUUCGGCGGUGAUAUGAUAACGAAAGGGAGAAAAAGCAAACCAAGCAAAAGUGCUACGACCAAAGAGUUGAUAACAAUCGAGGCUUCUAAAGAUGUCGUGCAUCAGGCUAGAAAAGAUGGAGCUUCGGGGGUCCGUGGGAAUCAUGAAGAUUGUGUACUAAAUGUUGAACACGAAAGAAAUGGUUGGCGAGAAUCCAUCGACCGCGCAAUGGAUAAUCAGUUUAAUAUUCAAACAAGGAAAAAGUUGCGGACGCCGGAUCAUAGGGAUACCAGCGACUAUGACAUGUAUGAUGCACUUACCAGAGAAGAAAGACAAUGGCUUGAAGAUCUUCCUGAUAUUCUGGUUCUGGGAAAAUGUGGUGGUCAUAAUAAUAUGGUUGUCGUACACGCUGGAUUGAAUCCAUUUGUUGGCUUGAAGGACCAACGAAUUAUAGAGACGAUGAACAUCAAAUCUAUAGAUCCAGUGAAAAGGUAUACUAGUUCGAUGCAUGCGGGAGAUAAAGAGAUAAAAGCCCUGGAUGAGGAAGACCGGGAACGUUUUAGCAAGAUGAUGCCCUGGUUUGAGACUUGGGAGGACAAGCAAAAGAACUUACCUCCAAGUGAACAGAUGACUGUAAUGUAUGGUCAUGAAUCUAAGAAGGGCUUGACAAAAAGGAAAUUCUCAAUUGGUCUCGAUACUGGUGCGCAACGUACAGACAAACUCAACCCUGAUAAGUAUCGAACUUUGACUGCCCUCGUUAUUCACCACGAUAAAUGCAAAAUAUUUCAAGUCAAGGAGAUCAAGAAAAAAAAUGGGGAUUGGGAGUGGAUGCCGGUUAAGUUGUCAAGGGAAGAAUCUGAUUUUUGA